AUUUUAUGUUAGCAACGUUUGUUGCUAAGUCCACCAUCACAUUUGUGUGCUGUGUUGUCAAGUGAGAAAAAUAUAUAGACAUUUUUAGCCAGAAACUGUUUAUUUAAUAUUUCAUCGCUGAAAAGAAGAAAGAAUGGCUAAAGUAGUGACAGGACCAACAAGGUUUACACACCCAGAAUGGACAACAUCAAAUUUGACUAAAUAUGCAAAUGCAGAGGUUGAGCGUGCUGCUGCAGAAAGAUUAGUUGAUGAAUCCAAACGUCUGGCUGAUGAGACUGAAAAAACUACAGAAAAAACACAAAGAGAUGUCAACAAAAAAUUGGAACAAAGACUGGAUGAUAUAAAAUAUUGGAAGAAAGAAUUAGAUGAUAAACUAAAUGGUUUAUCAAUUGAAAUUGACAAUCUUGAAGCAUUUAAAACCAGAGUGGAGAAGGCACUUGAAGCCACAGCUGAACCUCUACAUAUAGCUCCACAGUGUCUCGCUAACAGGGAAAAGAGAACUGAUAUAGAUUUAGUCCAUGAUGAUGUCCAGAAACAACUGAUUAAAGAAGUAGAAACUAUUGAAGGUGUCCAGGCUCUGUUAAAGAGAACAUUAGAACAGUCCAUUGAACAAAUUAGAUUAAACAAAAAAGCCAAAUAUCAACUGGAAAAAGACUUGAAAGAUAAGUUUGAAGCAGUAAAUAUUGAUGAAUAUUGUGCUGAACUAAGAAACAACUCUGCUGGUCUAGGAUUCAAACAGGGAGCUGCUAAAAUUGAGGCAAAUUCUGUGUGCCCUGAAGAUUGGCAAGACUACUCUGAUGCUAACAUCAACAAGGCAGAACGUGAACGCCAGAGUUCUGUUGACCUGAGAUCAUUGAUCGAUGGAAUCCUACAACAGACAGCUAAUGAUAUGCGAAAACAAUGUAGUGAGGUCAACUUUGCCUUCCAGAAACGUAUCAGUGAAACAAAAGAUUCCAAGAGCAAAAUGGAAGAUCAUCUUAAUAAGGUACUUGGUCAAAUCAAAGAAAUUGAAGAAAACAUUUCACGACUACAGAAAGCUAUUGGUGAUAAGGAACAACCAAUGAAAUUAGCUCAGACUCGUCUUGAUACAAGGACCAACAGACCAAAUGUUGAACUUUGCAGGGAUCCAGUUCAAUAUAAAUUGAUUGAAGAAGUUGGAAAAAUUGAAAAUUCCGUCCUUAAUCUUCAAGGAAGACUAGCCCAGACCGAAGAUUCACUAAAAGGACUUAUUCGUAAUGAACUCGCUUUAGAAGAAGACAUUGCUAUCAAAUCUAACACAUUAUUCAUUGAUGAUGUAGAAUGCAUGGGAAUGAGAAAAAGCAUAAAUAUCCAGAAUUUCUGAAGCAGUCAAAUUUUAAAAUAAACAAUGUAAAAUAGAACAUAUUUAUGAUAUGUGGAUGGCGAAGUUGCAAUCUAUAUACGCUUUAUAAAAAAACAAAUCUUUUAAGGACAUUUUGCAUUAAAAUGGAGAUUUAAAAGAUAAUAUACAUUUUGAACAGUAUUUAAGUUGCGUUUUGGUGAAAUUCUUUAUGAGUAGAACUUUUUUAAACAUUUACAUCUUUAUAGAGAUUUGAUAAGAACAUACUGCAGUAUGCUGGUCAUGGAUUUGUCUUUGAUAAAAAAUACUUCUUACUCAUUGUGAAAUUCUCAUUUAACAGAUAACCUCUGAAGCUUAGACACUUUCUGCACUGCCUAUUGAAAAAGAAAGAGGUCUGAAUAACUUUUCAAUUUUUUUUGGUUAUUUAAUGUACAAAGUUGUUGUCUUUUUUGUACCCUUUUGAACACAUUUAAGUUGUGACAGCAGCUUUUGUAAAUUGAAAUAAGUAUUAUAUAUGAACCAAUAAAAUAUAAAAAUGUA